GCUGCCCCCCCCCCGUGACGUCGACCUGACGUCAUCGGUCGCGUCACGGAGCCGCCGCCGCCCUCAGCGCCGCCGAGCUCCCGCCGCGGCGCGCGCAGAUGACGUCACUGCCGGUACCGGGGCCGGGCCGCGUGUUAUCCCGGGGAUUUCCGGUUCCGGGGCGCGGAGGUGCGGGCGGGCCCGGGGGGGGGGUCUCCGGUACCGGGAGUCCCGUGGGGGGGGUCGGGGAUCGCCGGGGGUCCCGCGAGUCCCGGGGGUUCCCGGUGCGCCGCCCCGCAGCGGCCGCCGCCAUGGACGACUUGAUCCUCAACGUGGAUUUCGCCGCCCCGGAGCGCCGCCCGAAGAAGGAGCCGGGGAACCGAAAGCACCGGAGCUUCGUGCGGCGGCGGCGGGAGCUGGAGCGCCGCGGGGUCCUGCGGCAGAAGCAGCUCCCGGCCGCACCGGGCGGGCCCCGGCGGGCCCCGGGGUCGGGGGCGAAGCCGCGCCCGGGCCGGCCCCGGCCGUGCCCCAGAGAGAACGGCAGCGACGCCGCCGCCCCGCGGUGCCCCCCGGCAUCCCAGAGCGGCCCCGCCGCCGCUCGGAAGGCUCGGGGGGCGGCUCGGGGGGCGGCUCGGGGCACCCCCAAGAGCGGCGGCGCCCCCCCGGCGCCCCCCAAGCUGGUGGCCAUGGACUGUGAGAUGGUGGGCACGGGGCCCGGCGGGCGCACCAGCGCCCUGGCCCGCUGCAGCAUCGUCACCUACGGCGGGGACGUGCUGUACGACCGCUACGUGCGGCCCGAGGCGCCCGUCGUGGACUACCGGACCCGCUGGAGCGGCAUCCGCCGGCAGCACAUGGACACAGCCGUGCCCUUCCGCACGGCGCAGCGGGAGGUUCUGAGGAUCCUGGCUGGGAAGGUGGUGGUGGGCCACGCCAUCCACAACGACUUCAAGGCGCUGCGGUACUGCCACCCCAGGGCUCUGACGCGGGACACGUCGCAGAUCCCGCUGCUGAACCGCCGCGCGGGCUUCCCCGCCAACGUGGCCGUGUCCCUGAAGCGCCUGGCCAAGGCCCUGCUCAACCAGGACAUCCAGGUGGGGAGAAGUGGCCACUCCUCGGUGGAAGAUGCCCGAGCCACCAUGGAGCUCUACAAGGUGGUGGAGGAGGAGUGGGAGCAGCACCUGCAGCAGAACCCGGAGCAGAAGUGACACCCUGGGGGGCUCAGAGUGACACCCCCAGCUUGAUCCUGCUCCUGGGGGGCUCAGAGUGACACCCCCAGCCCGGCCCUGCCUCUGGGGGGUCCCACAGUGACACCCCCAGCCCAGUCCUGCCUCUGGGGGGGUCCCACAGUGACACCCCCAGCUUGAUCCUGCCUUUGGGGGGACCCAAAGUGAUGUUCCAACCCGGUCCUGCCUUUGGGGGGGCUCAGAGUGACACCCCCAGCCCGGUCCUGCCUCUGGGGGGGGUCCUACAGUGACACCCCCACCCUGCUCUUACCUCUGGGGGGGUCCCACAGUGACACCCCCAGCCCGGCCCUGCCUUUGGGGGGGCUCAGAGUGACACCCCCCAGCCCGGUCCUGCCUCUGGGGGGGUCCCACAGUGACACCCCCAGCCCGGCCCUGCCUCUGGGGGGUUCCCAGAGUGACACCCCCAGCUUGAUCCUGCCUUUGGGGGGGCUCAGAGUGACACCCCCAGCCCGGCCCUGCCUCUGGGGGGGUCCCACAGUGACACCCCCAGCCUGGUCCUGCCUUUGGGGGGACCCAAAGUGAUGUUUCCAACCUGGUCCUGCCUUUGGGGGGGCUCAGAGUGACACCCCCAGCCCGGCCCUGCCUCUGGGGGGUCCCACAGUGACACCCCCAGCCCGGCCCUGCCUCUGGGGGGUCCCACAGUGACACCCCCAGCCCGGCCCUGCCCCUCGAGGCUCCCGGGAGCGCUGAGGGGCUGCCGUGUCGGUGGCUGAGGAGGAGCCAGGUGCGAUGUCCCUCCCUCGUGUCCUUGUGCCGCUGCUGUUCCGCCCUGCUGCCCCCAGGACGUGCCGGGGGGGGGGGGGGGUCGGUGCCUUCCCCCCCAGAGGGGUCUCUGGGAUUCUGCACCCCCCGAACGCUUCGGGGCUGCUGCUGCUCCUGAUCCGGGAGCGACCCUGGGGCGCCCUGAGCACAGUCCCCAUCCCCGGGGCGCUGGGGAUGGAGCGGGCUCCUCCCUCCUCCCAAAACUACCUCCGUCAGCGCCGGGAGCUGCCCCGGGACUGCGGCUGGGAUUCAGAUCCCUCCGCAAAGUCCCCGCUCCGCUCUGGGAGCUGCUUUACUCGGUGGUGAAGUUCCACCUUCCUCACUGUGCGAGGGGCGGGACAAAGCCGGGCACGGCGAGCAGCAUCGCCCUGCCCGAGCCCCCCGCGCUGCCCCGGGGACCACCCUGGGGGUCCCGCGGGCGAGUCCCCCCCCGUGCUGGCCCGGGGACACCCCCGGAGGGCAGCCGUACCCUGGAGGUGCCCGAGCCUUGACGGGAGCUGCUUUGAACUGAAAGGUUUAUGUGCAAAAUCCUAAUUAAAAAGAAAUGAUUGAA